GGUGGUUCCGUCCUUGGCAGUUCCACCGCCAGCGUCGGUGGAGGCCCCGGCUACACCGGUACAAGUGCCGGAUGAGAUUGCCUCCAGCUUGCGCCAGCAGCUCAAGGAGAAGGAAGACGUCGAGGCGGCCUACCGAGCAAAAAUCGACGCUCUCAAAAGAGAGCUACAGGAGCUCCAACGGCGGCAUGGGCCACUCAGGGAGCUCCUGGGCGGUGUCGCCAGCGAAGGCUUCGCGCCCCCUGUCCGACGGUGCACGGGCUCUGGAUCGCCAAACAGUCCGGUAGUCGUGGAUCGAGCAGGUGUGCAGCGUGUGCCGGAACCACUGAGCUGUGCCGCACGCCUCGCUGCACCCUGGCCGGGACAAGGAACAGCGACUGCCCCGGCGCUGAGUUCGAUGUCUUCGCAACGGCCAUCACCACG